AACACCGGGCAGGAAGAAAAUCCCACGCCACGCGAAACCUGCACGAUCCGCCCUCGUUGAGCCCCCCACACGAGUGCAUCGAUACUUCCUGCAGGGACCCGGUCAGAUCAUCAGUCUCAGUCCCCCGCUUCACCCGCCGCAAUAACAAUGGAGGUCGUGAAGAAGAAGAUGGAGGAGGAGUAUACCAUCAAGCCCCAGGCUGUCACGCCUGCGCUUGACACGAGCUCGUGGCCCCUCCUCCUCAAGAACUAUGACAAGUUGCUCGUGCGAACGGGUCACUUUACGCCCAUCCCCAACGGCUGCUCGCCGCUGAAGCGCGACAUCAAGUCGUACAUUUCGUCUGGUGUCAUCAACCUUGACAAGCCCUCGAACCCCUCCAGCCACGAGGUCGUGGCCUGGGUCAAGCGCAUCCUCCGCUGCGAAAAGACUGGCCACAGCGGCACCCUCGACCCCAAGGUCACGGGAUGCUUGAUUGUGUGCAUCGACCGCGCGACCCGCCUUGUCAAGUCCCAGCAGGGCGCCGGAAAGGAGUACGUCUGCGUCAUCCGCAUGCACGACAAGGUGCCGGGCGGCCAGGCCGCCUUUGCCCGCGCCCUCGAGACGCUCACCGGCGCCCUGUUCCAGCGCCCGCCCUUGAUCUCCGCCGUCAAGCGCCAGCUCCGUAUCCGAACCAUCCACGAGAGCAAGCUCAUCGAGUUCGACAACGACCGCCACCUGGGCGUCUUCUGGGUCAGCUGCGAGGCCGGUACCUACAUCCGAACGCUGUGCGUGCACCUGGGUCUGCUGCUGGGUGUGGGUGCCCACAUGCAGGAGCUGCGCCGUGUGCGAAGCGGUGCCAUGGACGAGACGAAGCAGUUGGUUACGCUGCACGACGUGUUGGACGCGCAGUGGACCAUGGACAACACCCGUGACGAGUCGUACCUGCGCAAGGUCAUCUCUCCGCUCGAGACGCUCCUUACAUCGUACAAGCGCAUUGUCGUCAAGGACAGUGCCGUCAAUGCCGUGUGCUACGGUGCCAAGCUCAUGCUUCCGGGUCUCCUACGAUAUGAGUCUGGCAUUGAGCACCACGAGGAGGUCGUCCUGAUGACCACCAAGGGUGAGGCUAUUGCGCUGGGCAUUGCGCAGAUGUCUACCGUCGAGAUGUCGACGUGCGACCACGGCGUCGUCGCCAAGGUCAAGCGCUGCAUCAUGGAGCGCGACCUGUACCCACGCCGCUGGGGUCUCGGCCCGGUGGCGGCAGAGAAGAAGAAGCUCAAGGCCGACGGCAAGCUGGACAAGUUUGGCCGGCCCAACGACUCUACCCCGGCCAAGUGGACCGCUGGCUACCAGGACUACAGCAUGACAGACGCGUCGGCGGCUGCGGCGGCGGCGGCGACGACGCCACAGAAGGCUGUGGAGGAGACCAAGAUGGAGAUUGUGCAGGCGGAGACGCCGGCGACGGAGGAUGGCGACAAGAAGAAGCGCAAGAAGCACGACGGCGAGACGCCCGAUGAGAAGGCGGAGCGGAAACGACGGAAGGCGGAGAAGAAGGCAGCCAAGGCGGCCAAGAAGUCGGGCAAGGGUGAGGCGGCCGACGACGACGAUAGCGACUAAAGGAGCGGCAGCGGCGGCACUGCAUGCAUGGGUUUGGCUGCUGGAUACGGGGCCCCUCUGUCGAUAUGGGGACGGACGGUGUUGCUGUAUCAUACGUUUCUGGCUCUGGCACCUGGCGUUUAUUGGUUUGCUCAUUAGGAGGAGUCGAAUGAAAAC